AUGGCAGAACCAGCCCAGGCCCCGCUGUCCCGCCUGCUCGUCCCCCUGCUGCUGGCACUGGGCUGGAUCGUGGGCUGUGCCCUCAUGGUGUACAUUGUCUUCUCCUGACCACGGAGGGAUGGCAGUGCCACACAGCGCCUGCGGUGAGAAGAACCUACAAUGAUGAUGGGAAGAACACAGAAGUUCAGUUCCGAUUUCUAAUGACUAAAAUACAUAUAAAAUGAGUUAUUUUUAAUAUCAGCUAUGUAAAUGUCAUGCACACUUUUUAUCCGUUAGGAAGAAUCACCAAACUAACUUCUCUGUUCUCAGAUUAUUUGCAAUUUAGGGAGUGAUUUUUGGAAUCUUGUGGUAGGUCAGAUCCUGCCUGCUUGCUGAACAGCAAAUUUUAGCAGCUAAGGAACUUCAAGCUUGGUAGAAACAGGCAAGGGUUAAUUUCUCAUGGGGCCUGGGCAAGUAUUUUUAGCCUUAUUACAGGGAAAAUCUCUUGGACUCUAUUGUUAUGAAACAAACCUUGCAUGUCCCUGGAAAAGAAAAGCCCAGGCUUGCUCAGGGCUGGGAGGGUUGCACAGCUGAGUGUGUCUGAACCUCGGGCUCACCAGGGCCCUCAGUGUCUUGUACUGGGGGUUUGCCUUUUUAAUUAGAAUUAGAGAUAAUUAUAUGCCUCCAGUCAAUAAUAAGCCAUGUGAACUUCCAGUGACUCUGCCAUUUAAAUCACAACUGAGCAUCAGAUCACUGCAUUUUCACUGACAGCUUUGGGCUUUUGAGCAUGAAGAUUUUUCUGCUGAGGAGCUGCAGUUCUGAGAAGAUGAAAUCAUUAAUAAUUCAAUCCUCAGUUAAAGCAGAGAAUUGAUUGUGAGAGGCAUGCCUGGAAGAUCCCAGCAAGAUGCAUGUUUAAGGGAAUGUGAGAAAACUCCUAACAACCCCUGAUGGGGUUAAAUGGAGAAAGAAACUAAUUUAUUUACUCCUGCUCACAUAAUCUGUAUAAUUUUGAGAAUGUGAGGAAGGCACAUCAGUCAGACAUCCUGUCUCCAUCUGUGGGCACUGUCUGUUGAGCUUUAGGAAUGGAAACACAAACAGAUUUGGCCGUGGUGCAGCCAGGAACAUUCCUGGGCCACUCCAGCAGUCAGCAGGAGCGCUGGAGUGUGACAUUCCGUUUGGGAAUUGUCCUAGCACCGGUUUCUUCACCUGGGAAGGAGCUGAGGGCAGGGGGAUCCGGUCUCAUCAGAUGUGCUGAAGGAGAGGGGCUGAACCCCGGAGAUGGCGGUGCCCGCAGGGCUGCUGUGUGCUGUGACACCUGAGCAGCACCUGCAGGUGGGACCAUCCUCCUCCUCCCCGAGCAGACACUCGCUCUCACCUUCAGUUCCUCCUCAGUGUCCCAGCCCACCCAGCCCGACCCAGCUGUGACUCCACACUGACCACGUCCGUGUUUUUACAACUCACUUCGUUUACCAGGCACAGAGGGAAACAGUUCUGAAAGGUCCCGCUGGCCCAAACAGCUCUUUGGGUGUCUCACAACGCUGGAAAUCGAAUGUUUCCAAUUAAAACGUUACAGAGAUAAAAUGUAAACACUACAAUCUGGUUUAGCUUUACCUGAUUUUUGAGAUUUGAUUUGGC